CAGACAUUGACAUUUCAAAAAAAUAGCGUUGUUUGAGUUUCUUGUAAACAAAUUCUCUAUUCGUUUUAUUGAUAAAAAAUAUAAUGGGAGGUUGUAGAUGUAGUUAUAAAAAUUGCCCGAACACUACCACAACAACAGAAAACAUUCAUUUCUUUCACUACCCGGUAAAGCACAAGGAACGUUGUAGAAUAUGGAUAGAAAACGCUAAUAAGCUUCACUUUUGUGAUAUAGAAGAAGAACAACUUAGAAAUAAAUCAAUUUGCGAAGUUCAUUUCGAAGAUAAAUGGUUUCUAAAUUCUCAAAGGAAAAGGUUACUACAAGGUGCAAUACCUACUCUCGAUGGAGACUGCAUUGAGGAAAAACCAACAGAAUCAGAUAUGUUUGUUUUCAAUGGAUUGCAGGAGGUACAAAUAUUGCCUGCUAGCUCCGAUGGUUCCCUUUUUAUUUUAGAUACCGAUUCUAAUAGGCCUCACAGUGUAGAGUCUUUUAUUUAUAAGAACGGAGUCAUCGUUCCAUCGGAUGGUUCCGUUAAGGAGGACGUAAUGAAAUCAAAAUUAUCCAAUCCACAACCUUCAACAAGCGGAAUAAACAUUUUCUCAGAAAACUCCUCGUUUAACGUAUCGAAUUCUACAAGGUUCCAAAAUUCUACCAAUAUUCAAAAAGAACCUAAAACAAUCAUUAAAGCUGAUUUCGACAACGGAGACACAGAUGUAAAAUACGAAAACGAUACAGAGAACGAUAAUGCUCCCUCUGAAAAUAUUAUAUAUGUAGAAAGCGAUAAUUUGAGUAAAAGAAAAUCGCCUCGAAUCGCAAAUGCCAAGGGCGCAUCACCUCCUUCGAAGGGAACAAUCGAUAAACCGCACUUAGGAACGAAUUAUCUGAAAAAAAUUAAACAGCACAGCAGAGACAUAGCUUGCAUCAAGAAAAUGCUGAGGCAGAAAGUAAGGGCGCAGAACAAACCGGACACCGACACCAUACUAGCAACGUUAAAGAAAGAACUUCCAGCUACCCUUUUUUCCGUUGUCAACUUGAAUUUGAACGAAAAGUACGAGCUAACUCAAGAGGACGAAGAGUUUUUUACAGACAUUCACAAAACAUCCCCGCAGCUUUACCAGUUGCUGGUUGAUAAAUAUAAAUGGAAUUUACCUUGUAUAGAUACGACUGUGGAGUUAGAGGAUAAUUAGUACAACCAUUAUCUUUGAUCGAUUAAUAUCAUUGUAAUCUUAAAAUUUGAUUGUUCUUUUUUGUAUUGUAAUAAGAAUCCUGUCUCGAUAUGAAUUUUAAGUACUAUUCAGUGUGUCUAAUUAAGUUAGAGUGCCUGUCUUGGCUCAAUGUGUGUAUAUUUGUUGAAAAGUUGAUGAGUUUUUUCCAAGUGUGUAUUUAAAAUGUCGAGUAUGAGUUUUGAUUAUGUAAAGUCUGAAAAGCGUUAACUGAAGUAGGCACAACUGAAUGUAAGUCCAAAUGUAUUAUUUUUAAUAAAUUAGUUUAUACAACUUCAUUAUUGUUUUACAUGUAUCGGAUGCAUCUGUUAAUAAAAUAAGUACGGUAAUUAAAGAAAUAUUUAAUAUAAAAAUAUGAUUAAGUAUAUAAAACAGAGCAUGUAUUGUAUAUAUUAUUCUUUUUUUUGACUCCAUCUUUGAACAACAUGUUUCUGGUCGUUUUCCCAAAGGACUGUGCACAGUUUGCCAACAGUAGCUUCCUUAGGGUCAUUCUGAUACCAAUCUAAUAAUAUUUGAUAUAUUACCUGCAAAAUAACUUGUAAAUACCUAAAUAUAAACUAUAUAUACAUAUAUACUUCUUUAGUUCCAUAAAUUUGAUUAUCGGCAAUAAAUUGAGAUAUCUCCCCUUCCCCAAGAUUCAAAGCUCUUGCCACUCCUUUCCAUUCGGUAUCCAUAUGUGUAGCGGCAAAGUACAAGUCUUCUUUCAUUAGAGGCGUUUUACUGUCCUUCAAUACCUUUAUAAUCGAUGUCUCCACAACGUCAGCUUUUUUAUUCUGUUUCACUCCAUUCAUAUUAUAUGUCACGUUGUCCCCGAUAUGUACAAUUCUUGAUCUCGAUAUGUUUAUUAUUGUGGCUGAAGCUUAUGUCAAUCUUAUUAGUUAAUUAUUUAUUAGAUUAUAGGACUUCAACUGGUUGUUUUAUAGAAGUUAUUAAGUUAUUAGUAUAUCAUAUGUACGUAGAAGACCAGAUGGAGUCCCAAUAUUGUCAUGUAUAUUUUCCUAUAUUUUACAUGCACCGAUAGUUAUUUGUAGUUUAAUUUUGUACGUAAAUGUAACAUUAUAUUCUACUUAAUGUAUUUUGAUUUUAA